CUUUCGGUUUGUUUGGAAACAGAAAACAACAACACUCAAAUCAAGAACCGAGAAAAUAAUCUACAAUAAGAGACCCAUUUCUACUGAACAUACAUUUAUACAUUGAGUAAACAUCUUUAUGAAACACGAUUAGAGCAUUCAGAAAUAAACAGAAAGUAGAAGGUAAUGUCUCUGAUGAGAACUGUUGAAAAAGACCUUCAAGGCCAAAGUGAGGAAGGAAAUAAGGACAUGGACGACGAAUGGGAAACAGUUGCUGAUUUUGAAAAUGAUUUAGAACAGAGCGAUGUUAACUGUGGUGUUUGUUAUGACAUUUUGAUAUUUCCAACAACAUUACGAUGUGGUCACAAUUUUUGUCGUCCAUGCUUGGCACAGUGGUUUUCAACUUCAAAGAAAAAAGAAUGUCCUGUCUGUAGACAACAGUACAGGGAAAAACCUGAAAUUAAUAGUCUUAUUAGAACAUUGACAGAAAAAGCUUUCAAAGAAAAGAUAGAGGAAAGAAAAUCUACUAUUAUGACAUCAGAAAUGAAAAAACUGGUAGAGCAAUAUGACAAAGCUAUGACAGUCACUGUGCCAUCUAACUCAAUCAAUUUUAACUGGGAAAGAAACCGGAACAGAAAUGGUGCAGAUUUUUGUUCUGGGAUACUUUGCAUGUUAGGAAUAGUUACAAUUAUAUACUUGGUUUGGUACUGGAGAAACACUGAUGAUGAUUUACUGACAAAGAAGCAUGUCAGACAAUGGACAGUAGAGGAUGUUAAUGCAUGGUUAUCAAGUAUGCCAUGGACAGAAUCAUACAGGGAUAACUUUAUCAAUAAGUCAAUUGAUGGACGAUUGUUAGUAGCAUUAAAUGAAGAAGGGCUGACAUCUAUAUUGAACAUUUCUGUACCAUUACAUAAGGCAGCCAUUUUAACAGCUAUAGAUAGCCUGAGAGAAACGGGAAUGAAACAUCCUUCAGAUUUAUGGGAGUAUAAGUCAAUACACCCUGGGUAUGCACUGUUUCUAUUAUAUGGAAUCAAAGAUUACCCCAGACUUACAAUCCUGUAUUUUUACUGGUAUGAUUACUACAACAUGUUCCUGCCAUUUGUACACUUUACAUGUCCAGCAGAGGAGUAUGUCACUAACCUUAGUAUGUAUGAACCACUGUCCACCAACCAAAAGAUAGAAUUUUUCACCAAGUUAGUAUUUCUACCAUACUUCUUGGUUGCUCAGUUUACCUGGGAAUUUCUUAGUGUACAUUUCUGGACAUCAAGAUUCAUUUUGGUCAAUUGUUUAGCUCUGACAGUAAUAGAGGCAGCAAAUGUCAGAUGGCUGAUGUCUGGAGGUUGGAGAGAUACUAUGCAAGUAUUGAAAAGUCAUGGUAAAGGAGUCCUUGGAAUGGUUGUUUGUAUUAUAGUAUGGCCAAUUGUUCCUAAUUGGAUCUGUGAUUUUUUCUUCUAUGUAGCCUUGUAUUUCUCACCAUAUUCGAACCUUGAAAAAUUGUACAAAAUUAUGAAAGGCUGAAACUGUGAUAUUUCCAUGUUAUGUUAUACCAAGUGCUUCAUUAGACCAUACCAAAUUUAUGUGCUGUUCUUUGAACUCACUUACUCCUAAAUAUUUUAUUGAAAAAUUCAAUUUGAAAUUUUAUGUUAUGGGUCAUUAGGAAGAAGUCAAGAGUUAAACUGAAAAAAAUAUUAAAUGUAUGUACACUUUGCUGAUCAGAAAUAUAACAGUAGAUACUAAAACCAGCCUGUGAGGCUAAACAUCGGGUACAAAAUUAUAUGAUAAACAGUUGCACAUAAAGAUAAUGAUAACAUAAUGCUUCUCUUCUAAUAAAUACUUCUUUAUGUAAUGAAAAUAGUGCUUAUAAAAUUGUUUAUGUUUUCUGAAAAUCUUUUUGUUGGAUGGGAUGGGUUGCUUAUUUAUUUUUUUUUUUUUUUUUUUUUUUUUAAGAAUUGCGUUUCCUCAGUCAUAUGAUGAGCCCUUUCACCAUCAAAGAAUUGACAAUUGAUCAAUGUUAAAGGAUUAGUUGCACAUCUCUAUUUUUACAUAGAAAAUUCUAAGAACACAAAAUGAUUUGGUAUGGCCUGUUGGUUAUUUUUUCUUUUGUUAUUGUUUUAUUCUCUUUUCAUAUUUUUGGCAUUAUGAGAUAAGGAUAGCAAAUGG